AGAAGUUGUAAAGUAGCACCACUUAGAAGUAGGUAAGUAUCCAGAUUUUGUAGGAAUCUACAAGGAGUCCUUUUUUUUUUUAAUCUAUCAUCUCAGUGAGAGAUUGAAGGUAGUUUUUUAAAGUAAUGAUUAUUUUGAGCCAUGAGGAUGAUUUCACAGCACCUUUCAACUGCCUACAUUGUCAAGCCUCUCCAGAGUUCCCAGCUCUGUGACAGAGUUACUGGCCACAUGGCAGUUUCUGAUAUUAAAGCAAAACUUAAACUGAAUCCUUCUACAAAAGUACCCAACUUCCAUGGCAAGAGGGAUAAAGAUUUACCAGGACCUCUGCCAAGCCAACUACAGCACAAAAAAAGGAAGUUGAGCCCUUCACAAAUGCGAGCCUUCCAAGAUGCCUACAACUUCUUUCACAAGGAUAAAACUGGCUGUAUUGAUUUACGUGGACUGAUGUGCACUUUAGCUAAGUUGGGAAUGAAUCUAACCAAGCAUUAUGUCUAUGGUGAACUAAGAUGUGCUGAUAUUGAUCGAGAUGGGAAGGUGAAUUUCUCAGACUUUAUAAAGGUGCUAACAGAUAACAACCUCUUCCUUAAGGCUGUGGUUCCAGAAACGGAGAGCUGUUUAGAUUUAGCUGGCAACCCAGGGAUCCUAUUGUUUGAAAUCCUAUCAAAGCUUGUAGAGACAUCAGCCUUACCCAGGAGGGCUAUAAUGGAAAUAGUAAGCUAUUUCCAAAGAAAAUUCCAGGAAACCAUUUCGGAAAUGGUGUGGAGCCCUUAUGCUACGGGUUAUGGAAAAAGGAGAUUUAAGCCAGACAUAUGCACACCUCCAAGCUCAAGCACAGCCGCCUUUGCUAAUGCUGCCCAGAUUGCAAUAAUGAAAGAAAAGGAUUUACUUAAAUUUCUUGAAGAGCUCAAGAGAUGCAAUCCUCCUUCAGAUAGCCCAUAUUCAAAAAUACCCAUCUUUCCACUGUUUCCUAAUGUGGAUGGGGUGGUGAUGGGAAAGCCAUUCAAAGACAUACAGAAAUUAGAAAUGCUAAGGAGAAAGAAGCCUCUGAAUUUCUUUGAGAACUAUUUUUUCCAUAAAAAAGACUGGAAAACACAGGCAGCAAAUACAAAGCCUAUUGACCCUACCUCAGGCUACCCAACUGAUAUCCUCGCCAUUGACCAAAUACUCAAGAGAAAGCAGAAUUGGACAGUGGCUGAUGCAGCUGCUAUUAAACAGCAUGUAAAGAGAGCUACAGAUACCUAUAACUUGGGAAUUGCCCUUGAGCACCGGAAACAAAUGCUAAACCUCUGGCGGAAGAUCCGAGGGGAUUUGAUUGGGAUAGACAGUAAAAAUGAGUCCUUUUAUGACACCUUUUCUACUUAUACAUGGUCCUGGAAUGUCUGCCAAGAAUUACUUUCCCCAAAGGACUUAAGGUUAUAUGAUGCCUAUGUGAAUAGAAAUUCCUUCCACAACUCUUCAUUCUCUUCCUCUUCGGAUAUUAGUGAGUGUGACACAGGAAGAAAAAGAAAACGGAAAGGCUUCAAAGGGUUUCGACAAUGAAAUUUCUACAUUUUCUAAACAGUUCAUUGCAAACUACUUUUUCAUAGAUAUCAAAAUUAUUCUUGCUUUUGUCUAAUACAUUCUUAGCAGCUGGAAAUGUUGACAUCUUUGGAAUGCUGACCAGUAAAAAAGUUUAAGUCAUA